AUGGCGUUGCCAAGAAGAGAUAUUCCGUUGGUCAUCUUCGUCCCUUCGCUAUCAGGAGAAUGCUCCCAACAAGAGAGCCACGACGGCACGGAGGAGGAUCUUGAGAGGAAGCUGCACGACUUCCUGGGUGCCGAAAUAUCGGAAAAACCAACCUGUCGUAGCCGGAAACCGACACAUAGAUCGCCCAACCGAGAAUCCUUUUCUCGAGUGCUUCCACGCUCUCAUCAUCAAGCGUCUCUGGACAGUCCUCCAUUACGACCCACACGAUUCUACGAGAAGAACGAUUGCAUUGGAAGUCCGCCUCGUCUGCCUCGACGACAGGCAAGUUUCGGAGCGCUGGCACACAGAGAGGAAUUCGCGAACACUGAGUGA